AUGGAGGACGAGGAGAAAAUAUUCGUCGACGCGGAGGCAGCGGUGGCAGCACUGCCGGUCCUGGACGAGGCCAGUGAAGUCGAGACCGCUGACGGUGAUGACGCCCUGAAGCUCGUGGGUACUCAUGUACACCAAUUCGAUGAUAAAUACUAUGCUCGACUUCGUCGGAAGAUCGAUUGGCACAUCAUGCCUAUCCUUGUCUUCGUGUACUUCACGCAGUUCUUGGACAAGAAUAUCCUCUCAUAUGCGAGUAUCAUGGGCUUCCCCGUGACGGGCAUCUGGUACAACGACGUGGCCCAAGCGUUCUACAUGGGCUUUCUAGUCUGGAUGUUUCCGACCCAGUAUCUGGCCCAGAAAUUUCCCUUGGCUAAGUAUCUAGGCGCCCAUAUCAUCGUGUGGGGAGGAUCUGUGAUGCUGCACGCGGUGUGCUACAACUUUUCCGGGUUCUACGCCCUUCGCUUCUUCCUCGGUGUCCUGGAAGCGUGCGUCUCUCCAACACUAAUCCUCAUCGUGACCAUGUGGUACAAGCAGAACGAGCGCGCAACACGUAUCGGCUGGUUCUAUGCCGGAAACCUCAGCACUUCCGUCGUGGGCGGAGGAGUCGCAUACGGCAUCACCUUCUACGAAGGCGCCAUCGACGCCUGGAAGCUACUAUAUCUCGUUCUCGGCGCUCUGGCCAUCACAUGCGGCAUCAUCGUCGUAGCCUGGUUGCCCGACUCGCCCAUCACUGCCCGUUUCCUCAGCGAGGAGGAGAGGAUCGCCGCGCUCGAGCGUGUCCGGCUCGACCAGGGUGGCACGCACAACAAGCAUAUCAAGAAGUACCAGAUUAUCGAGACGUUCAGGGAUAUCCGCACGUGGAUCAUGUUCCUCAUCAUCAUGUGCAUCGGCAUCCCCAACGGGGGCAACUCCGCUUUCAGCAACAUCAUUACCAAGAGCUUUGGGUGGACGUCUCGCCAGUCAUUGCUGCUCGACAUGCCCCGCGCCGCUAUAGGCGGGUUCGCAGUGGUCGCUGUAGGGUGGCUUUCGGACCGAAUCAACGACCGCAUGACGCUCAUCAUCAUCUUUACGCUCCCUACGCUCAUUGGUAUGAUCAUCAUGACGACGAUGCAAUACUCCGGGCAGCGUGGUGUGCUCCAGUUCGCCCAGCUGUUUCAGAACCUCUCCGCCCCCGGGUUCCCGCUCUGUUAUGCCUGGAACGCGAGCAACACCGGAGGUCACACGAAGAAAGUCACCGUCAACUCCUUCACGCUUUUCACGUUCGGUGUCGGCUCCGUCGUAGGCACGUACAUCUUCCUCCCUGCCAACGCCCCCGGGUAUAUACAGGGCAAGGCUGCCAUCGUCGUCCUUACGGCUAUUAUGAUGUUCUGUGGUGUGGCCAUGGCGUAUGUGAACGUGCGCUGGAACAGGGAGAAACGGAUGCAGCUGGAGAAGCUUAAGCAGGAGAAAGGAUGGACGGAGGAGGACGUGGAACGCGAGCGGGAGAAGGCGGCAUUCCUCGACUUGACUGAUAGGGAGUGA